UUUCCGGCAUAUUAGCAAUAGGUUACCCCCCUCGAAGUGGAUUUCUGGCUUGGUGGGCUAUGGGAAUAAUAGAAUAUAUUGUUUUUUUUUUAUCUAGAAUGGGCCUUGUGGAAUUAAGUUUCACAGUUUUUGCAAGUUUGACUUAGUUUUUUAUUAAUCAUAUUACAAUGUGCUUUAGGAAGACAUGACUUGUGUCUUCAUGCGAGAAUAUGCAAGCACAUGAUUUCAUGAAAUGUUGGAAACUAGUUCUUUUUUCUUUUCUUUUUUAAUUUUUUAUAUUUGUGUUGAAAAGUUCUUGUAUAAUAUAUACAGAAAUAGCUAGUUUGAUUUUAAAGUAGUAAAUUUUCCAUUGCUUAAUGUUGAAAACUAGUUUACUUUUCUUAAUUACAUUUUUAUAUGAGUGGUAUUAUGAUUUCUUUUUCUGUCCAGGUAAUCUUAAAGGGAAAUUCAGCAUCUCUGUUGAGAUAAAGCCCAAAUGUGGAUUUCUUCCAGAUUCAAGAUUCAUAUCUAAAGAAAAUGCCAUUAAAAAGAGAAUAACUCGUUUUAAAAUGCACCAGUCAUUGAAAUUGCAUCAAAGAGAGAUAUCAAAUACAAGUGAAUAUGAUCCCUUGGAUAUGCUCUCUGGAUCCAAGGAGAGAGUACAUAAAGCGAUCACGGCUCUCUUUUGCACUCCUCAGAACAAUUUUCGUGUUUUCUUGAACGGUUCCCUCAUAUUUGGGGGCUUGGGUGGUGGGGCAGAUAUUACUAGUUGUAUGAUUGGUAAUGCAUUCGAAGAUGUACUCAAGUGUGUUAUUCAGGCAGAUGAUGGCUUACGUACAACGAAUUUCCUGCAACUUGUUACUGAAGCUGUUUCCCGAUCAGGGUUACUAGAUCGGCUUCUUGAAGUCCAAAAGCUUGAUAUCUUUGACAUAGAAGGGGCAAUUCAUGCAUAUUAUGAUGUUGUUUCUCAGCCUUGUAUAGCAUGUAGAGAUCUGGGUGAAGACAAACUGUCAGGCAGAUGA